AGCUGGGCGGUCUCGCCGGUGCUUGUGCUGUGAGCACCGGCACCCCAAUUCCUUGUUGUGGGGACAUUGUGAAGCUUUCGGGGAGGGUGCCUCUCCUGGGUGCUCUUACCCUCCCCCCACUGCCCCAAUCCAUUUUUGGCACUAGGGAAACCCAGACCAAAGUGCACAAAAUCCAGCAACUGGAAUACGUGUUGCACAUUUCCCGACGCCUGCAGAUUUGGCCUCCCGCCCUGCUCUAAGAGGCGUUUGCUGUGGGGCCUGUUGAGCGAGGCCAGCAGAGGAGCAGAAGCCAGCACUUCUGCUUUCUCCUGCAGACCCACAAGGAUGUGGCCAUUUCAGGUUUUGCACUUGGGAUGGAUCUGCCCGUCUUUUCAGGGGACGGACUGCCGAUCCGUCUAGGCACACCUACGUCCCCUCGCGGCCAAGUUCAGUCAAAUCAGGCCACUUGGUGGGGAUGUGUUCGUUUAGGUGGAGUCUUCCCUGCGUUGUGUGAUUAGGCCGGCCACACUCUGCAUGCAAGGGCUAAAAUAUCUGCAUGCGUCAGCAAUCCUGUCUCCCCUCCACUCUGUCUGGCAAAGGCUUCUGUGUAACUCAGAAAUGCUGCCUAAACCUUUGCUCCUGCAGGAUUCCCAGUCCCUGGACGGUUGCAUCCAGAGCGCUCUCUCGGUGCUCUACCCGCCCUUCGAGAGCACAGCCGCCACCGUGCUCUGCCAGGUCUUUGACGUGGUGGAGAAGACCUACCGCGGGGACGGGCUGCGCUACCUCAUCGACUUCCUCAUUCCAGCCAAGCACAUUUUGCAGUGUGUCCAGCAGGAUGCCUGUGUCCGGUACUGCGGCCUGCUCUUCCGCCACGAAGGCUGGCCCCUCUGCGUCCACGAGAAGGUCAUAGUCCAGCUGGCCUCCCUCGACUGGCGGGUCCUGAGGCCCGGAGACUUCUACCUGCAGGUGGUCCCCUACCUGAAGAAGCGGCCCCGCCUCGUGGUGAAGUGCUUGGCCAGGGACAAGCACAAUGUCGAGGAGCUGCCGCUGCCGGAGGUCUCCUACACCUCCGUCUUCAGCCGGCAGUGGCUGGACGGCCUCAACGGGCAGCGGAGGGCAGCGGCUCUGGAAAACUGCUUGCUAGCCGCAGACGAGAAGGUCUUCCGGGUCCCCUGGGGGGACAUCGUCCGUCCAGAAUUCGUCGAGCGUCCCCAAGCCAUGGAGAGCCUCCCAGGGCCGCCUGCUGCGUUGGGCUUCUCAGGGGAGCCACCCCAGACUCUUCCGGGGCCACCUUUCCUUGGGGACCACUUGCUCGUGGCGAGCAGCAGCACAGAGCAGCUCAGCAAGGCCUCGGAGGGUGGCCCGGAAGGGGACUACGUGGCGCUGGCGGCUGGGCCCCCCCGGGGGGGCUCCUUGGCCCAGGCAGGGGCCUUGCGCUCUUGCCCCCAGCCCCGGGCGAGAGCAGAGGCCGGGGCCGGGCCGGGCAACAGCUCUUGCCUGCAGAAUGGCGUCGGCUCGGCCCUUGCCUCCGCGAGGACCCCCAGGGCCCAGGCGGAGGCCGAGGAGGCCGGGAGUGACACGGGGAGGGCCUCUGUGCUGCCCACGGGGGCCUCGGCAGGCUCCAGCCCCCAGGAGUCUCCCCACGGGGAGCUGCAGCAGGCCCAGCCGGGGCACGAGCUGGACUGGAGGUAUGCCCUGUGCAGCUACCACGACGGAGAGGAAGCCGAGAGUCUGCCUCCGGCAGCAGGAGCACCUCCCAGGAGCAGCUCCCAGGAAGCAGGAGGCUGCCAUGGCGGGCCUGGCACGGAGGCCGCGCAGCCGCGGGGAGGAGGCAGCCGCCCCAGCGCUGGGGGGAAGGGCCCCCUCUCUGGCUCUCCAGCAGGACCUCUGGGAGCUGGUGGCCACUCGGGGGAGGACUCCGGCCGCUCCAGCCCAGCUCUGCCCGAGGACGGGCUCCUCCUGCCUCCCACAGACCCAGCCUCACCAGAGCGCCUCUCUGCUGGGAGGGCGGCGCACAGUCCUCCCUCGCAGGAACAUUGUUCGGGGUGGCUGGUGGGCCUCCAUCCUCCAGCUGGCCUGAAGGAAAAGGGGAGCCCACAGCAGGCUGGUGAGUCAGCCCCGUUGGACCAAGGAGUGAGCAGGGAGGGAGGCCUCCAAGGGGCGGCCAGGCAGGCUUUCGCUGGGGGCGAGGAACGGAGCCCCUCUGGAAGGGCCCGGCCCCCCAAGCAGCCAAUGGAGGGAGAGCUGCUCCAGGGGGGCGGGCCAGAGAAGGGGGACGAUGGCCCACCGCAGGCCGAGGGGGCUUUGUCUGGCGUGAGGCACAACAGCCCAGGCGCAAAGCUGGAGAGGAACAGAAGCCCCUGCUGCCCUUCCGCGGAGACUGGAGCGCAGGCAGCGGAGGCCAUCUGCUGCGUGAACGAGGAGGGGGCCGAAGAGCACGGGACGGAGCAGCCAUGCCUGGCGGGUGAACCAAACCCUUUGCUGUUGGAAACCUCCAGGGAGGGGGGAUGCUUGACAGGGCCAACGGAAACAACCAACCCUCCUUCAGCACAGCCGGAGUCAGACAUGUGGGCCCCCCUGGCGGCUGGGGGCAAGCUGGGCCCCCCCGAAACACCAGCUCAGCUGCAGCCCAGGAAGCCAGAUGCGGAGGACUUGGCACCCCUGACGUCGGCGAGGGUCCCAGGCUGUACCAGGAGCAUCGUGAACGGGGUGCAGGAAGCAGCUUCGGAGGCCAUCUCCACCACAGGACCCUCCUCAAAAGGGGAGGGAAGUGUCAGCAGAGGAGCCGCCGCCGCCGACGGAGGGGCCAGUCCCGGCUGCUCCGGGGAAGAAGGAGGCUCCGUGCUGGCUGCGCACCAAGAGCUGCCCUCCUUGCUGCCCAGCGCCCGGCCCCGGGAGGCCCCCACGACCCUGAAGGACGUGAGCUGGGAGUUGCUGCAGAGCGGAGUUGCCUGCCUGCCGGGCACCAGAGACAAGGCCGGCCGGGCUGUGGUCGUCGUCUUCACCACGAGGGACAGCAUCUGGCUCGACCCGCGCUGCAACGCCAGCGAACUUGCCCACCUCCUCCUCUACUUCCGCAGCAUCCUCAGACCGGAGCGCCAGGCGUUGGGCCUCACUGUCCUGGUUGACGCCCGGCGGAGCCCUCCAGCCCCAGCGCUCUUCAAGGCCUGGACCCUCCUGCAGGGCACGCUCCCUCCCUGCGCCCACGGAGCCCAGCUGCUGCUGCUGCUGCUGGUGGAGAAGGACGUGGCCUUCCGGGUGGAGAAGCCAGCCGGCCUGCAGUGCGAACUCCUCCCCUCAAUGAAGGCCCUGCACAGGCACAUCGAGAGCGCUCAGCUGCCCCCGGAGCUGGGCGGGGCCCUUCCUUACUGCCACCAGGACUGGCUGCACUUCCGAAUGCGCCUGGAGCACCUGCUGCUGGGAUGCCAGGAGGCUGCCGCUUUCCUCCGGGGGGCCGUCGAGGCCGUGGAGUCCAGCGGGUGGCCGGAGAGCGCAGGGGAGGCGGCGGCCUCGCUGCUGAGCGCCCGGCGGCUCAUGAAGACCGUCCUGGAGGACAAGCGGCUGGCCCGGCUGCAGCGGGAGGGCGGGGUGCUGCUGGCCCGCCUGCGGAAGGAGGAGUCCGGCGUGGCUCUGACAGAGGACUACCGAGAUGCCGUGGAGGUGGCCGGCACACUGUACAACCACGUGGACGAGGGCAUCCACCGGCUGGUGAUGGCUUCGAACCAGCGGAUCCAGGCGCUGGAGAUGGCGAUGGACUUUGAGGCCUUUGAAGACGGCUUCCGGGAGGUCAGCAGUUGGAUUGAGAACGUUGGCCAGACACGCCUCGCAGAGCUGAGUGAGCCAGACGCCUCCUGGGCAGCCGCCGACGCGCUUCGGGCUCAGGAGCAGUUCUGGGACUUUGAGCUGGUGGCCCGUGAGUAUUGCCGGAGGGGGCAGGACGCUCUGAGGAAGGCGGGCCGCUGGGCGGCCGAGGGCGGCGGGCUGCGGCUGCAGCAGUGCCGCCUCCAGCUCCAGGGCUUCAGCAGCCGGCUGGAGGCCGGCAAGCGCCGGGUCGAGGAGACUGCCCAGCUGUACGCUUUUGUGGAGCAGGCCCUGGAGGGGAUGAGCCGCCUGGCCGGCAUCAGCCUGGAGGAGUGCAGCUCCCCGGAGCACUGCGCAGCGGCCCUCCAGCGCCUGGAGAGCUACAAGGGGCAGCACCCGGAACUCAGCGCCACCGCCUUCCAGGAGAUGAAGGAGCGGGCCUGCCGGCUGAAGAGCAGCCAUGGCCUGAAGCGGUGGCAGCUCGCCUGGGCCAGCUGGCAGGAGACCAUGCUGGGCUUGGAGACCAAGCUGGCAGCGGCCCUGAGGGCCAAGAGGGCCUUGUGGCCGGCGGAGGGAGAGCCCAGCUGGCCUCUGGAAGGGGCCGGCCAGGUGAGCGAGAGGGGCUGGGCUGGGGAGCAGGGCACGGGGCGGCCGGCCUCCUUGGGCCCCCGCUGGGCUGCCCCCGAGGCCCCACCGCUGCCCUGCCGCCCGCACUGUGAGCAGCCUGCCCUGGAGAGCAUCGGGGAAGCCCCUGAGGCGGCCCCGGCCGGCCAGCCGCUCCCCAAAAGGGCCCUGCGCAAGGCCCGGAGCUUGGACCUGCCCUGCCCGGAGAGCCUGCGCUCCAGCUGCCAGCGCACACGCAGCCAGCCGGCCCGCCACGGCCACACCGGGGUCUUCAUCCGCGGGCUGGAAGUCAGCAGCACGGAGCUGGUCUCCCGGCAGCAGCCGCAGCCACCGCCCCCCCUGGGCCUGACCGGCUGGGAUGCGGGCUGCGGGCCGGAGGAGCCCAGGAGCAGCUGCGGGGUCCCUGCGCCGGAGGCAAGGAGCUGGGGCAGCAAGCUGCGGCCCAUCAUGGAGGAGAUGGUGGCCUCCGAGCGGGAGUACGUGCGCGCCCUGCGCUACACCCUUGAGAGCUACUUCCCGGAGCUGGAGCGGGCGGACCUGCCCCAGGAGCUGCGGGGCAAGCGCGGCGUCCUCUUUGGCAACCUGGAGAAGCUCCACCAGUUCCACAGCCAGUACUUCCUGCGGGAGCUGGAGAGCUGCUGCAGCCACCCCCUGCGCGUCAGCCACUGCUUCCUGCGACACAGAGACCAGUUUGGGAUGUAUGCCCUCUACAGCAAGAACAAGCCCAAGUCCGACGCCCUCCUGGCCGGCCGCGGGAACAGCAGCUUCUUCCGGCUGAAGCAGGUGCAGCUGGGGGACAAGAUGGACCUGGCCUCCUACCUGCUGAAGCCCGUCCAGCGCAUGAGCAAGUACGCCCUGCUGCUGAAGGACCUCGUCAAGCACUGCGGGCAGGCCCAGGAGCAGGAGCUGCUCUACCUGCGGGCGGCCGAGGAGAUGGUGCGCUUCCAGCUGCGGCAUGGCAACGACCUCCUCGCCAUGGACGCCAUCUGGGACUGCGACGUGAACCUCAAGGAGCAAGGGCAGCUGGUGCGCCAGGACGAGUUCAGCGUCUUCCUGGGCCGCCGGAAGUGCCAGCGCCACGUCUUCCUCUUUGAGGACCUGAUCCUCUUCAGCAAGCCCAAGCGGAUGCAAGGGGGCCUGGCCGUCUACCUCUACAAGCGCUCCUUCAAGACCGCAGACGUCGGCCUGACCGAGAACACGGGCGAGAGCGGCCUGCGCUUUGAGAUCUGGUUCAGGAGGCGGAAGCUGAGCGACACCUACGUCCUGCAGGCCAGCAGCGCCCAGACCAAGCGGGCCUGGACCGGCGACCUCACCAGGAUCCUGUGGGAACAGGCCACGCGCAGUAAAGAGAUCCGGAUGCAGGAGAUGGUGUCCAUGGGCGUGGGGAACAAGCCCUUCCUCGACAUCCAGCCCAGCGAAGCGGCCAUCCACGACCGGGCCAUCGACUACAUCAUGAAAGGCAGGGGAGCCCGGACCCGAGCUUCCAUCGCCGUCUCUCUCUUCGAGCACGCCAGCCCCUACCGGCGGCCGCCAGCCCCUCUGCCCGCCAGCGGCCCCUCCUCCCGCUCGGUCCUGGGGCCCCUCAACCUGCACACGUGCCUGGACCAGCACCGCCUGCUGCCCACCAGCCGCCCCUUGGAGGCGGGCCCCUGCCCAGAGGAGGAGGCCGAGGCCGAGGCGGAGACCAGCAGCCAGCCCUCCAUGACCACGGAGAGCUCCGAGUCCUCCCAGGGCCUGUCUGGAAGCGGCUCCAGUGGCUCAGACAGCGGCUGCGUCUCCCGCAUUCCCCGGGAGAGCUUCUGCGAAGACCUGGGCUCCCUGCGCUCCGCUCCGGCCGGCUCUUCUUUGGCCUCCCCCCUGGAGGAGAAAGCCUGCUUCCCCAAGAGCCAGUACGUCUCCGCGGUCUGAAGAGCAGCUUCCCUGGCCUUUCGGAGGAGCCGGAACGAAGGAGCCCUCCCUCCCUCCCUCCCGCGUUCACCAUCCAGCCCACCAGCAGCCCGCCCGAGUCCCCGGGGAGAUGGGUGCCUGCCCAGGCCCACGGCUGGCGGGACCCCUUUUGGACAGAAGUGUUGUUGUUGUUGCCACCCAGGGGCCGUCUGCUGCGGGACUUCCUCCUGAGACGGGGCUGGGACUAGGGUGGGAGAAGGUGUGGGGGCAGUGGGGCGGGGGGAGGAAGAGACUCGGCGGGCUGGGGCAGAGGUGGGGGCGGGGCGGGGAGGGGUCCCAGAGAGGGAGGGGCCUCGGGUGGCCCAAGUGGACUGGAGAGAGAGAGAGAGAGAGAGAGACCCUCACUGUGAUGAAGCUGUUUUUUCCGGGUUGCAUUUCUUAAUAACUGGCUGUGGCUUUGUUCCACAAGCGGCCCCUUUGGGCUUUUUGCAGAGGGCAGAAGGACACCAAGUAUUUAUUUUCAAGAGUGGCGUUCCCUGCGAGGGCGAACUUUGCUGGCCGGGUGGUUGCGUAGGCGGAGUCUGCCUGGUGCUGAGAUGGUUCAUUGCCUCCUCCUGAGCACUCACGACUUCAGGAGCAGAUUCGGCAGGGGUCCCGUGACGAGUUGCCCCUCCUGCCUCACUCCCACCCAGACAGCAGCCCUGGCCGGCAGAUCGGGGUGUCCGUCCGUCGUCAGGAGGGAGGUGGGGUGGGAGACUGCGGCGGGCAGGGCGGCCGCUUUCCGGAAGGCUCCUUGGCCAUAAAAGAAGAGCCGCUCCCUGCAAAGAGCAAACCAGCCCAGCAGGGGGCAGGCUAGGCUGGGACCUUUCUCCUUGAGGGGCUAGCUUUCCGCUUGCAGGGAGCGGUUUAUUCCCAGUGGCACCUUCCCCUGCUGGGACUGUCCAGUUCUUUCACCGCCUCGUUUGUGCCCGAGCUGGGAAGGGCUGUUUGCUCCCAGCCUGGGAUGCGACCCACGGCUGCCCUCUACCUGCUCUGCCUCUGACUGAGCCCCCCAGAGCACAGCAGAAGCCUACGGGCGGUGGCACACAGUGGAAAUGAGCACAAGGCCAAGCAGAAGGAGGGGAGCGUUUGGGGCUCCCGUUUCUGGCUGCUCAGCGAAGCCAUUUCUGCCCUUUGCAGCUGCCACUCAAAGGCGCCACUGGUGGCUUCUGCUCUCGUGGCUCAGCUUGCCGCGUCACUCCUCCGAUGCACUUCCCCUCCCCCUUGGCAGGUGAGCCGGAGGUCCUUUUCAUUCUGGACAUCCACGUGCUAGGAAUAUGACCCUUGUUCUAUGUGUUUAUUUAAUGCGCUGGAUUUCCCCCCAGCCUUUCCUGUUGUGUUUCUAAGAAGGGAAUUCCAGACCCUUUGACACUUUCCAGAGCAGCUGGACGGGGACGACUUCAGACGCUUCCCAGUCCUGAGAAUACUUCCGGGUCAAUCUAAGCUCGGCCUUCCAAGAGGAAGAGGGUUUCCCAGCCAACGGGGGGAGCCAGGAAUCCACGGCCCCAGGCCCCUCCGUGGCCAAGAGCUGGGAUUGCUCAGAGGAGGCCUGCUUGCUUGUGUUCUGCUCGGUUUUUCAGUGCCGGGCAAGACUCCUUAGUGUCCCUUCCCGGGCACCAAGGUGGCUUCAAAGGUUUGACGCAGUUCCCAAAUAAAAGUUGUUUCUUCCAGUG